AUGCAGCUUCAGGCUCAGCAGCCCUGUCUCUCCAUCCCCAUACCCCUGAACCAGCCCUACUCCCAACUGAAGGAGGUGCAUGAGGUUGAAGCUGAACAAAGACGUGGAGGUGAUGCUAUUAAAGUUGUCUGCAAGUAUGAGAGAAGAGUCAAGGAGUUCACCUACCAGAAGAAUAAGAAGUAUGUGAACAGGCUCCAGGAUCUGGUGGACAAGCUCCAGCUCAAAGUGAAGGCCUACAAGAGACAAGCUGAGGAGGCUGAGGUGCAGGCCAACACUCACCUGUCCAGGUUCAGGAAGGUGCACCAUGAGCUGGAGGAAGCUCAGGAGCGUGCUGACAUCGCUGAGUCCCAGGUCAACAAGCUGUGAGCCAACAG